CCCGCCGUGUGGGUUCAGAUGGCGGCGGGAAGCGGCGCGACGUUUCCGCUUUACUCCGCCGCACUGAAAUCGGUGUUGGGUUUCAACCAACAACAGGUCACCAUCUUGGGUGUUGCCAAUGACUUCGGAGAGAACGUCGGUCUCCUCCCCGGCUAUGCCAGCAACAAGCUUCAGCCAUGGGCGGUGCUCCUCGUCGGAGCCUCCGCUUGUUUCCUCGGCUUCGGCGUUCUCUGGCUCGCCGUCACCGAGACCGUUCAGGGUCUGCCCUUUUGGCUGCUAUUCCUUGCGCUGGUCAUCGCCACGAAUAGCAACUCUUGGUUUAACACAGCAAUUCUUGUCACCAACAUGAGGAACUUCCCUUUCAGCCGAGGCACUGUCGGUGGCAUUCUCAAAGGCUAUGUCGGUAUCAGUGGAGCUGCAUACACUGUCCUCUACAGCAUGAUGCUUUACCACUCUCCUUCAAAUCUGCUUCUCCUCCUCACGGUUGGUGUCCCGGUUUUAUGUCUACUUGUUAUGUACUUUGUCCGGCCAUGUACUCCUGCUUUUGGUGAAGACUCUUCCGAGCAUGCCCAUUUCACUUUUGUCCUAACGACAAGUAUAUUGCUUGCCAUGUAUCUGCUUGUCACGACCAUCGUGAGUGAGGUUGUUUCCUUGUCGAGUGUAGUCAGAUAUAUACUACUGGCGACAAUGGUGAUCCUUUUGAUGUCUCCUCUUGCAAUCCCCAUCAAGAUGACGUUCUUCCGGGCAAGUUCCAGGAGGAACAGCCCUCUGCCAGAUUCUUCGGAAGUUUCUGCCCAAGAAGAAACUGAAUCAACCCAGAAAGAGCCCUUGCUGGCCACUUCUUCUCCAUCAGCUUCAUUCCUUGGCUCUCUCCUUGAUGAGGACCCAAUGGACAUGGAGAUACUUCUGGCCGAAGGGGAAGGUGCCGUGAAGAAGAAGAGAAAACCCAGAAGAGGAGAGGAUUUCAAAUUCGGGGAAGCGUUUGUAAAGGCGGAUUUUUGGUUACUAUGGUUUGUGUAUUUCCUCGGCAUGGGUUCUGGUGUGACUGUCUCGAACAACCUUGCACAGAUUGGCUUCGCUUUCGGUGUUAAGGAUACAACAAUACUCUUAUGUCUCUUCAGCUUCUGCAACUUCAUCGGUCGUCUCACCUCAGGUGCCAUUUCCGAGCACUUUGUCAGGUCAAGAACGCUUCCGAGAACAUUCUGGAUGGGCGCCUCACAGUUGUUGAUGGCACUCACCUUUCUCCUCUUUGCCACAGCUCUGGAACACACCAUUUACAUUGCAACUGCCCUCAUAGCCAUUGGCAUGGGGUUUCAGUUUGUGUCCAUCUCCACUGUCUCUGAGCUCUUUGGUCUCAAACAUUUCGGGAUCAACUUCAACUUCAUUCUUCUCGGAAACCCAAUCGGUGCCACCAUUUUCUCAGCCGUUCUCGCUGGUCAUGUCUAUGACAUUGAAGCUGAGAAGCAAGCCACUCAGACCUGUAUCGGACCUGACUGCUUCCGCCUCACUUUCUUGGUCCUGGCUGGAGUCUGCGGCCUCGGGACUUUGCUAAGCAUCGUUCUGACGGUAAGAAUCCGCCCGGUUUAUCAGGCCCUCUACUCCUCAGGCUCUUUCCGCUUGCCACACACUUCUUCGGGUCAUUAGAAACGUCUUACACGAAUUUUAUCUGAUCAUAGACGCAAAUCUAAAUCUUGGGUAUUGCUCAGAUUUUAUCGAGCGGCCUUUUCGGUGUGUUUUGUGAUGUGUAAUUUGUAUCGUUUUAGCCUGUCUCCGGCGUAUUUUUCCGGCGGCUCACCGGCAAAACGGUGUAAGAGUUGGUAAGGCUUUUUUGUUGUAUCGGCUUCUUCGUCAUGAUCAUGAAAGACGUAAUGUUGUUGUAA